UAGAUUCUCAUUCGGUGGUUGCUUUGGUAACUCGUGUAAACGAAUGGCGUCCAUGAUGAGCUGAACAACGCUCUUUUGUUUUUAAACGACGUCGAUAUGAUGGAUGAUGAGCAUUUUUCUACAACGCUUGCUUACACGAAAAGCCCUAAAACAUCCAGCAGAACGACUUUUCAGGAUGAGCUCAAGACAGCUGUGUCUGCUAGAGCCAACAGGCAUAGUUACCCUGAUGACUUUGAUGAUGAUGAUGAGGAUGAUGAUGAUGACAUACUCAACGAACUCCUUAAGAUGCAAAAACAGAAGAAGGUGAAAUUUAAAGCUGGAAAGACUAAAGGUAAAAUCAACGAUUUCAAUCUUUCGGGUGAUGAAGAGGAAAAUGACAAACCCAAAAAAGUGUCUUUUAUGAAAACCAAAAGGACCAGCUUACCUGUGAACUCCGAACAGCUACAUCUCAUUAAACGUGAAGAUGACCGGCAUAGUUCUGUCCCUUCGCAAAGCAAUUCGUACAGUCUGCAUUCGGAUUCCCCUUUUUCCUCUCUAUCUGACAAGUUUCUACCAGAAUCCGCUUUACUCCAGAAGGACGAACAGUCCAAACCAGUCAUGCAGACGAGGAACCAGACAGAAUCUGUGGUGAGGAAGAGCCUGUCAGAUUCUUUACUGCCACUAAACUCUGAGAACAGCCAAUGGGAAUCAAGUCCAGAGCCAUUGCCUUCAGAACAAGAUGAGGACAACCGAAGGAUUGGUGAAGAUGGUGAACCACCGGUUCCUCAACCCAGGGAGAGAAGCGUUAAACCAAAACUCUCCACAGGUUGUCCUGCUCAAGACAUGUCACCCAAACCCAAACCCAGGCAGAGGAUAGUAAAUAUGUGUGACUUUGGUCAGUCAGAAGAGGAGACCCCAGCCUACAGCAGAACAGCCACGUCUUCUGUGUCUAUUGCCCUCGCUUCUGGGAAGAGUCAAACCUCUGCCAGUGAUAGUGUUCUGGGUCCAGAUGAAGACCAGUCAGAAAAGUCUGAGUUUUGUUCACCAGCAGAGCAGAUGUAUCCAGCUUCUGUAGCUGCCUUAGAAGAGAGCAAAGAGAGAAAUUAUUCAACAUCCUUUGAAGAAAAGCAUGAGAGUUUGCAGGGUUCCCUUGACCACACAUCAUCCACACUAACCCAAAAUUCAGCCGACAGACCUUCAAGCUCUCGGUCAUCCAGUUCCAGAAAACACAAGAGCUCUUAUAAAGCAGAGUCGAAAUACCUGGGAGCUUUGAGGAUUCUGGACCAGAGGACAGAAGAGCUUCCAGAAGCAGCAGAUUCACUAAGAGCUGCUGUGUACCAGGAAUGGCUAAAAAAGAAAGAAGAAACCUUAAAAAUAACAAGGAGUGCAAAAAAGCAGGAAGAGAAAUUAAAAGAGGAGAAAGUGCAAGAAGAAAAUCUUACUAAAAUUGCCGAUGCAAAGGCGUCUUAUGAUGCAUGGAAAGAGAAAAAAAGUGAAGGCUUUAGAAAGAAAGUCAAAGAAAAACAGGAGGCAAUAAAGCAACAACAAAUGGAAAUGGAUAAAAAGCAUGAAAAAAAGGAAACAGGAAAACAGCAGAUUUUUGAGAAGUGGAAAGAGGAGCAUGACAGCAUCCUUAAAGACAGGAUACGGGUAAAGAAACAGACUGAGAGAAGACAGAAAAUACAACAGGCCAAAGAGAAACACGAGAAGAAGAAGGACUCCAUUUCUGCUUUCACUGAAUGGAGUGACCGAAAGAAGGAUGUUAUUGAAGAAAAGGUCAUGGAAGAACACAGGAAGGAGAAGAUAAAGGAAGUGGAGGAGGAAUAUGAAAAGGAGGAAAAAGAAAAAAUGGCAUUGGAGAUGUAUGACAAAUGGCUGAAAAGAAAAGAGUUUCAACAAAAAAGGGAGAGAAAAGAGAAGAAGAUUCAGGCUAUUCUUCAGGACGAGGCUCCUCCGCCCUGGAGCCCUCCGAAUAAAACAAUCCCGUUUGGAAAAUGAGCCUUAUUUCAAUGUUCUUUAAUUUCAGAAUGACUCAAACCAUAAAUAAAACAAACUAAAUAAAGGCCCUUAACCCUAA